CAGGCUGCCUCGAAGCAGCGGAGUUGUAGCUACUGUGCAAACUUCUUUUUCUUUUUCGAAGGCGUUCUCGAAUCUACUGAGUGACAAUUUCAGAUUGAGAAAUACGCAGUUAUGAACACUUCAUGAAUUUAAUAAGCCACAGUCCCUCAGCUGUGAUCGUAUCCCUGGAGAGAAGCUCUCGACGUGCUUUGCUCAUUGGCAGACAUGAGUCCUGAUCUCAACGAGACUUGGAUGAACGCCUCCUUCUCCACCGCCUACUCCUCCUUUGCUGGCCUGGACCUCCUCUUCCUCCUCAAGCCUCUCUUUAUCCCUCUGUACACCCUCCUAGUGCUCGUGGCUUGCAUUGGCAAUCUGCUGCUGAUUCUUCUCAUUGCCCUGACAAAGAAGCUGCACAGUACCACCAACUUCCUGAUUGGUAACCUGGCAGCAGCUGACCUGAUCAUGUGCCUCUUCUGUGUACCCCUGACUGCCUCCUAUGCCUUUGAGCUACGUGGUUGGCUUUUCGGCAGCUUCAUGUGCCACUUUGUCAUGCUCAUGCAGGUCGCCACUGUUUUGGUGGCCGUCCUGUCCCUCACUGCUAUUGCUGUGGACCGCUAUGUGGUGGUGGCCUAUCCCAUUCGCAGAAGAAUCAGUCGGCGCUGUUGCCUUUACCUGGUAUGUGCCAUUUGGCUGGCUUCACUGGCGCUCUCAUCUCCCACCUCACUCCACACAAGUUACCUUGACCUCAGCCCCACUGGCCACAAUAUGACCAUAUGUGAGGAGUUCUGGGCAGAGCAGGAUCAGGAGCGACUCAUCUACUCCUGCUGUAUCCUCCUUCUCUCUUACCUCAUUCCGCUGUCGGCUGUCUCUGUCUCCUACUGCGCCAUUUCCCGCCACCUACGCAAACGGAGCGUGCCUGGCGCUGCUGUCACGGCAUCCUCUAACCGUGAGAGAUGGGCACGUAAAAAGUGCAAGACCUUCCGGCUACUACUGAUCUCUGUGCUCUCAUUUGCCCUUUGCUGGCUACCUCUGCAAGUGGUCAACCUAAUCCGGGAUCUAGAUGUCGAUUUUGUCAUCUUGGACAAGAGUUACAUCAAUGUGGUGCAGGUGUCCUGCCAUCUGGUGGCCAUGAGCUCUGCCUGCUACAACCCCUUCAUCUACGCUUCCCUUCAUGACAAGUUUCGCUUUUACCUGGGCAGGUACUUCUAUCCACGCCACCUGCAAAGGCGCCAACAGCACACUGGCAGCAGCAGCACCAUCACCUCUCACCGCCUGACCCGGCUGCACACCUGCUCGACUUUGGUGGACAUCCCGAUGGUGAAUACUGACCAGUUGGUGAUGGAAAGACCUUAUUCUUGCCACUAAAAUUUAAAAAGGAGUCCCAGGACAACAACUCUUCUCCUUCAGCAGAAUGAUAGAGGACUUCACAGCAUGGCUAGAGAUGAAUCCGUUUUGUCACAUAAUUAUUAUGCAUGAAUGCUCCCUGAUCAGAGGCUGAAAAUAGUGAAGCUUUCAUUGAUAUAGUGCCUUUCAUUACUGCAGUCUUACUUGUGAGGAAUAAGUAUUUACAUUUGAGUUUUCUGUCUGGUUCUCUUAUGGACCGUCAACGAGCUUCUUCAUGCAUUUUGCAGUCUGAGCAUGUGCUUUGUGGUGGUGUUCAUGACGAAAGGUGUUAUAUAAAAACAAAGGUUGAUUUGCUGAAAUUUUUAUUAUGAUGCACAGUUUUAGCAAACGCUAAUACAUGCAGACAAUCUUGCAAGAGUCAGGUUUGAUGGAUGAAGGUGAAAGAGUUAAAGGGAUAAUGAGAGUUGAGGAGAUGGUGACUGAUAGGAUAAGAAGCAGGGUGGCUGGAGGGGUGGCUGGCGGAACAAAAGUUUCAUUCAGCAUCAGACAUUGUGCGGUUUCUCAGAACGUGGACAAAUAAUAAUUAGCCGAGAAAUGUGACAACUUUAUUACAUCGUACGAGACCCCGCCAGCCAUCUGAUUUGCUUUGAGACAUGUGAAGUUCUCCAUAAAGGUAUGCCUGGGAUGCAAAUGUGCAAAUAACGAGAUAUGUUUUAUUAAUGCCCAGGGAAAGGAGACGGACGUCAGGGUGCACUUUGUGUUAUAAGCCAUUUAGCUUCAGGUGUAUGAAUGCUUGUGUGUCAUUAGCAGCACAUUAAAGCUUUCUUUGCUGCCAGCUUUUAAUAUGAGAAGAACAUACAGUAGAGUAGUAGCAAUGGAGGCAUUAUGAUUACUGUAUAUAAAUAAAUAUAAAAGAAUAAAAGCUCAUAUAGUGAAAGUUCUGUAUUUGGAGAUGAAGGGGUCAGCCAUUCUCACUCAGAGUUAAGGUCUUCUGUCAAGAUGAAGAUGGCUCUUUCUUCAGUCCACUAUGCGUACCACUCAUUUAUUUGUGACCACCAGGGGGCGCGCCAGUUCCCCAACACCCGACACAAUAGACACAGGCACAAGUCCAGCAGCACAUGUUUUAUUUACAGGUGGGAAACGUUUCCCAAACCGUUCCCACAAGCAGCACAGUACAAUAAGAACAGCACAAUAAACAAAGCACACAGCACUUCUUAUCUCUAACCUUCCGCCUCCACUUCUCCUCAAGCAAGCGUUGAGCGUCGUCCUCUCCCUCCCGACUCUGGCUCCGGGAAUGAAGGUAGAUGGCUCCUUUUAAGUGAUCCCUCAAAGUACUUCUGGUGUCCUGUUGGCUUGGCCCGGGAGCAUUUCUGGGUAAGGCUGGAGCCCCAGUGAGUAGGGUGCCCCAGUCCCCACAGCACUCCCCGGUAGCACCCAACGGCGCCUGACAGGACUGAGUUACAGAACUCCAAUUACCAUGAAGCCCUGUGGGCAACCGUGGUACUGCCGCAACCCAGGGGGACUGCCAUCUAUCGCUCUGGGGGUGAUAAUGCCCUGAACAUUCACAUUCUCUCCCCUAGUCCUACCACCACAGAGGUGUCCCUGCUGGACAAGAGUUUUUAAUUUUAAGAAGUGAUUUUGGUGUUUCAGGUGCCUGAGUACCACCUGCUUAAUGUGGUAAUGCAUUACUUUAUUUCAUCAAGCAAAAUAAAACCACAUUCAGGGAAGAGCUUUUACAAUUCAUGAGUCUGUAUUUCGGAGCAGGCAUUUGAGGGUCUCCCCAUGUCUGUGUGGGUCUUUCUGUUAUUCCAAAGACAUGCAGCUUAGGUGAGUUUAUGAUGUCAUAGCAGCCAUAAAUGAAUGGGUGUAGGGUAUGAGUGUGCCCUGCUGCAGCUGGAGUCCAACCAGGGUCAUUACCUUCCUUCUGCCCAAUGCUGCUGGUCUACACGGUCUUGAGGUUGGGUACAAAAUGGAUGUGUAGAUGGAUGCUAAGCUGCAGUGUGAGUGAAAUUAAAUGUAUGGAAGCAAGACAACUCCAUUAUGUGCAAUGAUUGUAGGCUCACCAGGUCUUCAGCAAAGUGGACAUCCACAAGGAAAGGCAAAAUGAAGGAUUUUCUUAAAACAGAGGGCACAAUACAAACAAGGCAGAGAUUCAGGCUUCAAAGUGACAGGCUGGAUCAAAAGGGGACGCACAGUCCAGAGCAGUGUCUAUGAUGUAUUCUUUGUAGCCAAUAUUUUCAUUUUCUUUUCUUUUAAAAUUACAAAAAAAUGAUUCAUUUAACAAAACCCAGACAGGUAUUUACCAGUACUGCACAACAUCCAGUAAUCUGUACUGCAAGCUGUGGAAAAGGUGACCAAAGAACAAAAACCUGCAGCCACUGCAGCCCCCUCAGGACCAAUUUUGCCCACCCCUGAGUUAGAAUAUAUGAGUCUUCAUUAAAUAAACUGCAUUAUGCACAGGUUUGCAAUCUUCAGAACUUUUACUUAUUGUGAAAAAUACCCAGUUAGUGCUCCAUUGUUCUCUGAACACUGAAAUCUUACUGGUGCUGUGAGAUACACAAUACAUGAGCUAUAGAGAGUGCUGUCACAUCAGCCUAAUGACAUCACAUAUACACCUUCUGCAAACACCGUCAACUUGUGGCCAGUGUCACCCAGAAUGGCCACUUCUCCUGUGACACACAUGUUCUGCAUGAAGGACCGGCGAUGGUGAUGCUCGCUUUAACAGCAGAGACUUUUUAGCUAAAACUUCUUUAUUUGGAACAUUUUUAUAGUUCUAUUUAAAGUUUUCAAAAGUAAAACCAAAGUUUAUGAGUAGAGGACAUCUUUUUUUCUUUCUUUUAGAGACGAGUUUGGUGAGUUAGACUAAACAAAAUGUCAUUAACACCACUCUGCCAUAAACCAGCAUUAGUUAGUUAGCGGAAUGGAGGGCAGAAACAUGCCAUCUCAGGCUAAAAUAAAACAAAACAGAGCGACAAUUCACAUUUUCUGAAGAUAUAAUCAUGUCUGCUUUCUCACAUAGCCAGAGACCCUUGUCACUGAUUUAUAACCAAUCAACAUUUUUAUAAAAUGUGUUUACCAAGACAACCCACCAGGCUUUAGGGGGUCUAGAGGGUUACUUAGGGCAUCUCCAUGUACUGUAUAUAUAACACACUUAUUUUUUUAUCUUUUACACAAUCUUUCAACAGAAUGCUACUGGUCUUCAGAGGAAAGCCAUGCAGGAUGUGAAACCAGCAUAAGUGAAGCCCUGUUAUAGUUGGCUCACCAUUAAUUUUUUAUUAGCUUUUUUGUAUGGAUUUUCUAUCCAAUUUCAUUUUGUUGCGAUGUUAAAUUUUAAUAUUUUGGUAUUUUUACAUAGUUUUAAGUUUUUUUUUUGCUUCGCUCCCUCUCCCACCAUUACUUAUCAUCUAUGUGAGAGGAGAGAAAGUUUUAGAUUCGUCAAAUAUUUCGAUCUCCGGUUUUCAACAGAUCUCACCAUUUUAGGGCCCCCUGAUAUCUCGAUGAUAAGUGUGCAUGUCUGUGUGUAACUGAGGACGGUGUAAAGCUAAAAUGGCUAAACGGAAAAAUACCAAACUCGAAAUUUAAGCUUGUUAUGAAAUGAUAAAGCAUUACGAUUAGUUUUUGAGCCAAAUCAUUCAAGAGAAAGAGGCACU